UCUCGACGGAAGGGACCGAAGCAGCGGAAAUGCGCCUCACUGCACAGGCGCAGUUGCGUCCUCUGGCUCCGGGCCCAACAAAAUCCGUUCCAGAGAUUGUGAUCGCCCAGGGACCUGGCCCUCGGCCACGCCCCCUCGCGGCCAGAGACCAAUGGGAGAGGGAUCUACUGGUUGCUAAGGGAACCCCCUAGCGGCAAGAUGGCUGCGGCCGGAGAAGAGACCCCAAGCUCCAGCGGGCCGCGCCAGGACCCGCCGAGGCGGCCGCCGCGGGACGGUUUUGGUGUCUACGUAUACCCAAAUUCUUUCUUCCGAUACGAAGGAGAGUGGAAAGGAGGGAAGAAGCAUGGUCGCGGGAAGUUGCUGUUUAAAGAUGGAAGUUAUUACGAAGGAGAGUUUGUGGACGGGGAGAUCAUGGGAGAAGGCUGCCGGCACUGGGCCUGCUCAGGAAACACCUACUCCGGACAGUUUGUUCUGGGAGAGCCUCAAGGACGCGGCGUCAUGAAGUACAAAGCCGGCGGAUAUUACGAAGGGGAGGUCGCCCACGGCGUGCGGGAAGGGCAGGGGUUCCUGGUGGACCAGGCCGGACAGGUGUACCAGGGGUCGUUCCACGGCAACAGAAGGCACGGCCGCGGGCAGAUGCUCUUCCAGAACGGUGACAAGUACGACGGCGACUGGGUCCGGGACCAGCGUCAGGGACACGGGGUGCUGUGCCGUGCAGACGGCUCCGUCUAUGAGGGACAGUGGCACAGUGACGUCUUCAGUGGACUGGGCAGCAUGGCCUACUGCUCGGGGGUCGUCUACCGCGGGCUGUGGAUCAACGGCCACCCGGCAGCACAAGCCACCAGGAUGGUGAUUCUGGGCCCAGAGGUGAUGGAAGUGGCCCAAGGGUCCUGCUUCACGCUGAGCGUCCAGCUGCAGCAGGACAGCGGGGAGGUCGCCAACGGCGAGGACGGCCGGGUGCUGCAGCUCUCAGCGGGCGUCAGGCGCGUGCAGCUGCCGGCCUACUCCGAGGUCAGCUUCUUCAAGGUGGACGAGGACAGCCAGGAGACGCCCAUUCAGACCCCGCUCGGCCUCGAGUGCAUCCCCUACCCCCUGUCUGUGGGGACGCCGGAGCCCGCAGCUGCCCUGGAAGGUGCUGGGGCCGACUCGCCCCUCCCCCGGGAAGACCUGGAGCCAGCGCUGGAUUCCGGUGCCUUCUGUGGCCAGGGUGACGCCCUCGACAGCCAAGCCGCCGGGGCCCAAGCGCCCUGCCGUCCCGGGACCUGCCAGCAGCGAGUGAAGCAAGGCUGCGCAGAGUUCACCGACAUCUUCCUGGGCCCGCCCCCUCCCGGGUGCCGCCCCUUCCUGUCCCUGGACAGCCUCCACCAGAAGGCAGGUGCAGAGAUGUCCCUGGGGGGACGACGCCCUCAGAAAAGGAGCCACCAGGAGGCAGCAGGCCCCUCGGGACGGCGUCAGCAGCAGAGCCGGAGGCCGCGCUCCCAGCUCUCCAGACAGUUUACAGACUGUGAAAGGAAAAUCACUUUUCCUUCCCUCCCGAGAGGCCGCAGGGCCGCCCCGGCUCCACCCGGAGAGCCCUGCCCGCCCCUUCCCCACGGCCGGCCUGCGGGGGCUUCGGCCCCACACCCGGCCACACCAGGCCUUCAGGGGCUUAGUUCUUUUAAAAAAAAAAACAAUUUGAAAGAAAUGAAUUAUUUUUCUCCUAAAAAGGUAGGAAAGUGUCUGCAAAAAGAACCCAGCCACACGGCUCGGGGGCCUGGGAGCAAGUGGCCGUGCGGCCGACCUGUCCCACACCACAGCCCGGCUCUGCCUCAGAGACACCCGCGUCCAGGGCUGGUCCCUGGCCUGAGGUCAGAGGUGGCUCCCUUCACCUGAAACCCAUUUACUCACCUACGCUGACUACGCGCCCCUCACCCAGCACGGCCGCCGCAGUGGGGCCGGGCACAGAGCUGAGGCCGUGGCCACCGGGAGGCCAAGGCCCAGCCCCGCGUGUCUGUUGCAGGGGAGUACGUGGUCCUGGUCCAUGACGUGACCGCCCCUCCCUUCCCGGGCCACACGCUGCCCGCCGCCUGCAAGCACCUGCGGGUGUUGGCG